ACCAAAUGAGCUUGUUCAAGGCCAGGAAGUCAAAGGACCAGUGAUAACCAAAUCCUUUCCCCUCAUGUCUGCUGCUGCUGCUGGGGGAGUUUUGCAUGAAAGGACGUGAAAAACUGACCAAAUUUCCAUGAAGUCAAUGUUGGAAAGUUUUCUCCCAGAGGCGGUGGCAGGAGGCUGAACACAACCGACACACAAUGCAGCUACGAGGUGUGAUCCCCUUCAUCGGGAUUGUGCUUUGGCUCCAGAGGAUCGGUGCUUAUCUGCUGCCUCAGCGGUACAGCUUCAUGGACAUUCCCCUGAGCUGGUACGAGGCUCAGAGAUUCUGCAGAGUUAAGUUCACCGACUUGGUCACCAUCAACAACAUGUACAACAACAACAAGCUGUUGGACGCGCUGGGCGGUCAGGUGAGUCUCACCUGGAUCGGCCUCCACAGAGGAGCCUCAGACAGGUGGAUGUGGGCGGAUGGUGGCGGCGAAGCGCUCUUCACCAGGUGGACAGAAGGGGAACCAAACCAGCUUGCAGCUGAUGAGUGGUGUGCAGAGGCGUCUUCCUCCGGCAGAUGGAACGACGUUUCCUGUGCAGAGAAAAAAGAUUUUAUAUGUUAUGAUCGUCGGGACAAUGGCAAGCAUGAGUUUACGUUUUACUCUGAGAAAAGCAGCUGGGAAGACAGUCUGGAGUGGUGUAGGAAGAGGCACACCAACAUGGCCAGUGUGAGGACGGAUGAGGAGAACUUGAAGAUUGUGGAUAUGAUAAAAACGUGGACGGGCUUCUUUGGGGUGCACAAUGAAGCGUGGAUCGGUCUGUUCAGAGACGCCUGGAUGUGGUCGGAUGGAGGAAAAACCUCCUUCAGGUUCUGGCUGAGAGGCGCCACUUCUGGAGGAAACUGUGCUUCCAUUGCAGGGAACCAACAGGGACGCUGGGUUGCAUUGAACUGCAACCAGAAGGCCACGUUCUUCUGUCAGGGAGAUCUUAAAAAAAAGAAGAUGGUGAUAAAGAUGAAGCUGAAUUCUGAUGUGGAUCCGUCUGACUCCAAAACCAGCGAUAUACUCCUGAAGAAGUUGGAGACGAACCUGAGACUUCAACAAAUGACUGACUUCAAACUCGGCUGGCGAAGUGAAAAACGUGGACUCGUCUUCCAACGUUAUGAGGAGCAGGAGGUCGCUCAGAAAAAGGGCAAGUGUAGCUUUUUACAUUCUACAUUUGAAGCGUGGGUCUGUCCAUAGCCCCCGUACAGCUCAGACGUUUACACAUCACAGUUCUAACUAAACAUUUUUACAUCCUGAAGAAUAAACUUCUGUGAAAAUUAAUACUUACUGUGGAAAUAUUUAAAGACUCGGUUGCAAUAUGAUGUCAGGUUUGGUGGAACCCUGUUGUUCUUUCACCGCCACAACUUCUAUGUAUAAAUUUUAUGCAUUUACAAGUCAGGAGGAUAAAUUAACCUUCUUCCUUAAUGGUGUGUCAGUUCAGGUGGUGUAAAUUUAAAAUAAUUUCCAGAUCUUGAUAAGUUGUUUUGGUCAUAAAUGCUAAACCAGUUAACCACAAAUAGACUCUUUAAAAUAUCGAACUCAUGCUGUAAUAUUGUACUUUAUUUCAUUUAUUAUGGAAAUAUAAUGCCACUGUUUUCAUAGUACUUCUUAUCUUCACUUAGACUGUAAAUUCCACUUUUAUCUACUCACCUAUAACACGUGCAGCAUGGCUGAAGCUAUAUUUGUGUCUUCAUAUCAUACUUCUCUUAUCUAAAUUUGCUAGACUGUCAGAUUUAUUAGGACUUUAGGUUUUAUAUUUAUUGCUUUCUAAUUGCGAUCUUCUAUCUAUUGCUAUCUUGUUAUCGAACUUUUUCUGAGUACUGUAAGUUUCAGUUAGACAAAUUCCUUGUGUCACUUGAUAAAGCUUUUUCUGAUUCCGUAAAUAUUACAUUGUUGAGUUCCUGAUAAGCUUUCAUCUGUGUAAAUGAUAAACUGAGGCAUAAUAUUGUUGGAAUUGAACUUGUUUUUCUUCAGAAAUGUCAGAUAGUUGAUUAAACGUUAACAUUUUCAGAAUGUACUUAGAGUUUUUGUACUAAAACAAAGGGGACAUUUGGAGUCGUGGUUAUUUGUAGGUUAUGUUGUGGCAUUUUAAGGUUGAACAAAUGAUAAAAUUAGACGAAUAAGAUGUAUAAAUCAAAUUUAAGAGCUAAUAAAGAUAAGAUCGGAAGACCUCACGUGCCAACUGAAGCUAUGAGUGCACUGAAUAAUCCUGUGGAAAGCGGCAACCCAACUGAAACCUAUAGAGCCCAUAUAAGGCACGAGACAGGAAGUUCAUGCCCUCGCUAUGUCUGCACUCAUGAGGUGAAACUUAGGGAAUGCUGAGACAAGCAGAAAUAAUGCCAACCUAGCAGAAAUAAAAAAGAGGAGGUGGUCUAACUUUGGAUACGAUUGCUUCAUGUGUAUCCUGAUUGGGUCUGAAGACGAUGGGUUGUGGCUUCCAGAACGGAAGAGGAACGUUUAAGAAAAGGCAUAAAAGACGAUGUAACGCUUUGUGUAGUCAGUUAAAAUCUCGAGAUUUUGCUCAUGUUUGUUCUUACAACAUCUGUAGUGAAUAAAUAUUAUUCACAUCAGACUCUGAAAACUGCUUGAAGACUCUUUCUUGAGAACUUUUAAAGACUCCAACUUUUGAUCCAGAAUUGAUUUUUUGACCAUGUGUGUGACAAAGCUGUCUGACCAUCACUGGCCCUUAGCAGGCAGACUGAGUCACAACAGUUAAUAUGCUCUGAUUUUAUUGGUUGUGAAGGAAAAAUUACUCUCCCACCUUUCUGAGGUCAUAAUGACCUUUAGGCAGGCAGACACUGUAGGAGAUUAGAUAUUGUCUGAUGCGACUAAGCAGAUAAGUUGCCUCAGUGUUGGUCUAUACUUUAAAUCUGACCUUCUCCCAACUGCAAAAUAU